AUGAACCGAACGUCGUCGAUUGACGAGACAGAAACCGCAGUCGAACGGACCCCGCGCGCUGUGGCACUGGACGUGCGCCACGAAGCCGACCACACGGACGGGACGACAUUUGCCAACUUGUCUUCAUCAUUGGCAGCAGCAGCAGCAGCAGUAGGCGCCUCACCACCUCAGCGCGUCAUUCAUUUCCGAGACUUGGACUUGCCCGACAUCCCGCAAGUGCGUGAACUGCACGAAGAAUGGUUCCCGAUUCGCUAUAACCAGGCGUUCUACGACGGCGCUGCUCGGGGGUUAUGGAUGGAAACAGGUGGUCGGUUGUUUGCGCGUCUUGCAGUCGAGAUGCACGACCUCGUGCCAGUCGAACCAGCCGCUGAACGAAGCGACACCAUUCUUGGGGCGGUUACAGCGAGCACACUGCCACUGAGUAAAGUAGAGGACCCGGACUUGAUCGAGCGGGACGAUUGCGCGCACACGCAUAUCAUGUACAUUCUGACGUUGGGCACGAGAGCGUCUGUGAGAAGGAUGGGCAUUGCGUCGAGGUUGCUGCAGGAAUGCAUUGCUCAAGCCUGUCGUCAACCACAGUGCGGCGCAGUGUACCUCCACGUCAAAGCCGACAAUCUCAGUGCGCGGCAUUUCUACGAGAAGCACGGGUUCCAGAACUUGCGGUACUUGCAAGAUUACUACAUGAUUGACGGUCUGAGACACGACGCGUUCCUGUACAUUUUCUACAUCAACGGAGCCGCCCCGCAGCGCGGCUGGCUCGAUCGCAUAACAAGCCCACUGCUCGCGUUGUUUUCGAUUGCAGCAGCAGGCUGGAAAAAGCUUGUCGAAAAUUUCACGGUGGAGGAGUAUCGGGACACGACGACGGAAAAACUCGCACGCGCACCACGUUUGGCUCGGGUGGAAUCGACGGAUCUUGUCCCGGUAUGA